ACGAGCCAGCAGCAGGAUGGAGGAUCUCAAGGAGAAUCUGGGAACUUUGGAUUGACGCCCGGGGAUAGCGCGCGCUCGGCCUGAACCUCACCGGGGUUUCUCGUGGGAUUUAUAUAUUUGGAUGUUGUCUGUUCCCCCUUUUCCCCUUUUUCUUCCAGGCGCUGGGAAUUUACACUUGGCUUACAACUCCUAUUAUUCGUGGCGAGCAAAAUGCCGUUCGCCAAAAGGAUUGUGGAGCCGCAGCUUCUGUGCAGGCACCAGAUCCCCAACGAUGAAGGUCUGCUUUUCGAGGACCUGUGUGCCAUCAGUAACGUGGUUCUGUCCCGGACCUUGCGACAGCUGUCCGACCUGGCCCGGCACGCCUGCUCCUUAUUUCAGGAGCUGGAAAACGACAUCAUCAGCACCAACCAGCGGGUCUGGGUCCUCCAGAACAAAAUAGGCCAGAUCCAGCAGACUACCAGUGCCCUAGACCCGAAAAAGGAGGCAGUGCCGGUGUCAAACCUGGAUAUAGAAAGCAAGCUAUCAGUUCACUACCAGGCUCCAUGGCACCAGCAACACAACGUGUUUCAUCCCUCUACCCGUCCACCAUGUCUGGAGGAGCUGCACAGAAGCGCUCAGCUCAGCCUCAGAGCCCUGCACCGAGACGAACAACAGCGACAGCGCUCAACGAGUCGGGAAAGAAGCAGAGUGACCAUCUCUAUCUCAGUAGCGCCCCCUAUGCCGACGUUUCCAUCACCACACUCCAUCCGCAGGCAACAGAGAAGUCGCCUGGCCCGGGCGCAAGAGAGAGCAGAGAGGGAGCGAGAGUUAGACUAUCAGCCCAGGAAGGAGAGGACCGUGAGAGAAACAGAGAUGCAGACAAUACAAAGAAAAGAGAGGCCAGGGAGAGAUGCAGAUAAUCAGACGAUCCAAAGAAAGGCUACCUCUGCAGAUGAAGGUGAUGGUAUUGAAGUCCUGGGAGGCCAUAGAGCCAAGGCCUCGGUCCAAAAUACCCCCUCAACCCAGGACAAGCAGACAAAUUGGUCCAAGGAAAACCACCCGCCAUCAGAUCAAAAUACAUCUGAUUCUCACGCCAUCUCUUCGUGCAUUAUCCCCAUCAACGUUACAGGAGUUGGGUUUGACAGGGAAGCAAGUGCUCGUUGCUCUCUUGUCCAUUCCCAGUCAGUUCUACAGAGGAGAAGGAAGCUGAGGAGGAGGAAGACUAUCACAGGAAUACCCAAGAGAGUACAACAGGACAUGGACUCAGAUGAAUCACCUGUAGCAAGGGAGCGCACAGUGAUCGUCCAUGCCAACCCGCACCAACUCUCUCUCUGUCAGGAAGACCUCUCUAUCAGUGGUCGCCUCCAUCACACUCGUGACUCUGGCUGCCAGACAGAUGAUUUCCUUAUAGCAUGUACAGCUGCUCCUUCAAGAAGGCGCAUUAGGGCCCAGCGCAGCCAUCAGGGAAUCCCUGCUUCUCUGUCCCAUUCAACAGGGAACAUUUCUUCCCUGGGUGACCAGUCAGACUCCACAUAUACCAGCGCUGCAGCUCAUGUCCGACUGCGAUCUCGUAGCUUACCACGAGAGGGUGGACGUCUGAUGGACAGUGAUGAGGAUGAUGAUGACAAUUAUGAUGAUGAUGAUGAAGAUGAAGAGCUUUCACCAUAUGAGGCAGAGGACUUUAUUCCACCUGGCCCCAGUCCAAGAAUGAAGAUGAUGCUGAUGAAGGACGAGGAAGAAAGCACAGAUGACCAGGCAGCUCCUGAACCACUGCAACUUGGAACCCUAAAAAGAUUGCAGCGAUCUGGAGAAAGGGACAGAGGAGGUGGAGGAGGAGGAAGUCCAGAGCAUAGCUGGAUGGAGAGAGGCCGCUCUCGCCUGCCACGCAAGGCUGAUAUGGGCAGUUGUGAGAUUUCAUCAAGUUCAGAUACUUUCAGCAGCCCUAUUCAUUCUGUGUCUACAACAGGGGUCUUAGGAAGCCAUGUAGACCACAAGGAGGACCACCAGUCAUCAAGUGGGAACUGGAGUGGUUCCAGCUCUACUUGCCCUUCUCAGACCUCUGAAACCAUUCCCCCACCCUCUUCUCCACCUCUGACAGGCUCAUCCCAUUGUGACUCAGAGCUGUCACUCAACACUGUGCCCAAUGCCAUUGAUGAAGGUUUCUCCCUGGAUCCAUCAUACCACUCUGACCUCAGACCCCAGGGCCAGGGACACAGGUCAAGCUCGUUCACAUCCUCAGCAACAGAUCAGCUGGAUGAUGCAGGGGUCAGUACCGCCAGUGAGGGAGAGUGGGCAUACCCUCCAGACCAAGACCAGACGGAUCCCGACCAUGACCUCGACCAGACCCAAAACCUUAGCCAGAGCCAUGGCUUAGUCCAGGAUUACAGCUCCAAACAAGGUCUUGAAGACCACAUCUGUUACAGUGAUAAGACAAGCAACACUGACAAAGAGUCUGGCUCUCAUUACCCGUCUGAUACGGAGGGUUUCUAUUCUUCCUCUGUGCAUUUCGGGGAGUAUAAUCAAAGUUACAGUGGAUACAUGUACAACUAUGCAGACCCAGGGCCUGAUUGUGGCCAAUCCAACACUGUGGCAGCACCACUAUCCCAUGGAGUCUACCCCACACCUACAACUGACUUCAGAGCAGGAACUAUGACCCUGGGGAGGACAUGUCGUCCGCUAAGGAAACCAAAAGUAAAACCUCCACCACCUAAACGGACAUCAUCACUGAAGGAGAGCAGCAGUAGUGUUGAUGUUGGAACAGACACGCAGACGGAUCAGGAUCAACCAAAGAUGGUUAGUGAACAAGAACUUACAUUGUCUUCCACAGAUAUGAAGCUGGAACUGGAGCUAGAGAUCGGAGGUGUUCCGGAACCAUUGCAGACAUCAUGUUUAGUGGCAGAGCCUUUAGGAACCUGGGGAAUGGGACUUGGUGGAGCUGUGGACAUUGUAGAGCCCAUGUCCUUCAGCUCUGCAGAUACACACUCAUUUAAGGAUGAAGGUGCUGUGCAAUCUGACUAUGCAGACCUGUGGCUUCACAAUACUGAGAUGAAGUCCAACAAUGGUGAGUACACGUCCAUGUCCAACUCAAGCACAGCCACAGGCACAACUGUCAUGGAGUGUAUGAAGUCACCAGACAGCUCUUCCUCCUCCACAGAAACCCAAACCCAGGCCCUUGCCCAGGCAGAAACCAGGGCAAACAGUCCACCAUUACCACCUGGAGACUUCAAACUUGGGUCCCCUGAGAAGUUAGCUGGCCUGGCCUCACCAUCAAGUGGCUAUUCCAGCCAGUCAGAGACCCCGACAUCAACCUUGCCCUCAUCAUCGGCUGCGUUCUUUCCAGGACCUCUGUCUCCUUCAACUGGCAAAAGAAAGCCCAAAGUGCCCGAGAGGAAGUCUUCUCUCUCUUCCCUGCAGCACUUCCCCAGGGAUGGAACUUCCAUUUCCUCUGGAUAUAAGAGAGACCCAGACUUCCCACCACCACCAUCUCAACUUGAUCUUAAUAUUCUUCAUGGCAGUUAUGUCAGACAUACACUGUCUCACCGGACACACCAUAUGCACACGCUCCACCACAGCAAACACAGAGUUGCAAAUGUUUUAGGCACUGGAACAAAGUUAUUGGCCCCAGAGGCAUCAAAUACCAAUCCCUUGCUAGGUUCAAACUCUGCUCUUACAAUUCCCAGUUCCAAUCUUUCAGCAAGUACUUCUCUUCGUUCAGCCCAGCUCCAUAUCAACCAAUCAACAGAUAGUGUCACCACUACAGAACAGGACACAGCAAGUUGUGCGGAGACUGUUACAAGACCCAAAUGUCCUCCAAGUGGCUCUACACUCGCUCCACCACCCAUUACCACCAGGCCUCUCCCACCUCGCAGACCACCCCCCAGACCUCCAGGUCAUGACCACAACUCUUCCCCUGAACAUGUGCAGCCACCUCCCCCUGGCCGCCACCCUGAUGGACCUCCCUCCUAUGAGAGCCUGCUACUCAGACAAGACCGCUAUGGACCAGGAACAUUCUGGGCUAUGACAGCCUUCAGAGCUAGGAUGGAUCCAACAUGUGAUCUCUCGGAGGACAGUUCACCCUUGCAUCGGCCAGUGCCCCGUGCUCCCCACCCUUCUCCUGUUGAUCUUCACACACAUAUUCAUUCACACACUGAGUUCAGAGGGCUCACACACUCAGCUCAUGCACAUCCUGAGCUUAGGGUUUUGGGGGAACGCUCGUUUUCCCAGGAUGAUGAUGAUGAUGAAGAUGAGGAGGAGGAAGAGGAAGAGCAGGUAAAAGAGCCCCCAAGGCCAGCGUGUUCUAGAGGAGGCAUGCGUUCUGAUCACCAUCCACCCCCAGCAUAUGAAUUCGCAGGGGGAUCCCACUUAGACUCAGGGCCCUGGGCUAGUCCAGUCAAAGUGCCUGGUACCAAAAUGGAGACAUCGCAUCCUUACCUAAUCAGCGAUGCAAGAAAAGGAGGACAUGAAGAGCAGGAAGAGGAGGAGGAAGUGACAUCAGGUGCUACCAGAAGUGCCCAUCUGCAGCAGCCACAUGAGAGCAAAGAUGACUCAACUACUCCUGACACUGAGGAUUACUUCAGUAAAGGGAUGUUGUCUGCUGCAGAUUCUACGCCCAGUGAUAAUUCACUCUCCCCUCUGACGGAUGACACCAAAGUGGAUGAAGAGAUUAUUAUCACAUCGCCCAACAAGACCCGAACAACUGAGGAUCUGUUUGCCAUGAUACACAGAUCAAAAAGAAAGGUCCUUGGUCGUAAAGAUUCAGGAGACUUAAAUGUGAAGUCUCGUCUCUGCCCUACUGCACCAGUGCCCCCUGUCUCCACUGCCGUUAUCCCCCCAGCUCCUCCCCUCAACAUCCCAGCCACCUUAGCCUCUGCAGCUGGGUCACAACGAGCCCCUGUGCCAAUCUAUCGCAGCGCCAAGAAAUCCAGCACAUCCAACGAGGAGUUUAAACUCUUAUUGCUCAAGAAAGGUAGCAGGUCUGAUUCCAGUUACCGCAUGUCAGCAACGGAAAUUCUUAAGAGCCCCAUCACCCCUAAAACUCCAGGGGAGGCUGUUCAGGAAGGGUGCGUUAGGCAGGCCGAAGAAUUACCUUCUACCCUUCAAGAGGCCCCCAUUUCUGGUCUCGAUCAGAUCCAGAUACCUGGCCUUUUUCCCAGGGCAAACUCUGAAAGUUUCACCCCAAAAACCCUUCCCAUGUCAGCUGCAUCUCGACAGGGACGCUCUCGGAUCCCCCCUGUAGCUAACAGCAGUCGUUACAGUACACGUAGUCGCCUCUACACAGCUCCCAUGCAAGCCAUUUCUGAAGGGGAAACAGAGAACUCAGAUGGAAGCCCCCAUGAUGACAGAUCAUCUUAAACCCACCUGAAGAGAAAUGUCCUGUUUUCUUUGCCGUGUCCUACAUUUGAAAAGAUCCCUUCAACUUUUUUUUUUAUUGGAUUGGUGUGUUA